AACACUUGCGGUCGCACUCACCACCUCCAGAGCGGUAAUGGAGCUAUCAGCGACUGCAACCUCUCGUCUUCUCACCACCUCUCCGUCGCCUUCUCUCCCUCUCAAAUCCGCACUUAGGGUUUCCUCCAUAACUCCUCCUUUUUUCACUUUCCGAUUCCGCAACCUCAAAUCCAUGGAUUCUCGCUUAACCAUAGCCCCUCGAGCUUCUCUGGUCGACGAUAAUGGCUCCAUCAUUACCAAGCUUGAUUCGGGGAAUCGGAUUGGGGAGGUGAAGAGGGUGACGAAGGAGACGAAUGUUUCGGUGAAAAUAAACUUGGACGGUUCUGGGAUUGCCGAUAGUGACACUGGAAUUCCAUUUCUCGAUCAUAUGUUGGAUCAACUUGCUUCGCAUGGGCUGUUUGAUGUGCAUGUUAGGGCAACUGGUGACAUCCACAUUGAUGACCAUCACACAAAUGAAGAUGUUGCUCUUGCAAUUGGAACGGCUUUUCUUCAGGCACUUGGUGAUAGGAAAGGAAUUUACCGGUUCGGUGACUUCUCUGCUCCUCUUGAUGAAGCACUGAUACAUGUCUCACUGGAUUUAUCUGGUCGACCACAUUUGGGUUAUGACUUGCAAAUCCCCACUCAAAGAAUUGGAACGUACGAUACGCAGUUGGUGGAGCAUUUUUUUCAGUCCUUGGUGAAUACUUCUGGUAUGACGCUUCACAUUCGGCAGCUUGCUGGAAAAAAUUCUCACCAUAUUAUAGAGGCAACCUUCAAAGCAUUUGCCAGGGCUCUUCGACAAGCAACAGAGUACGACCCACGUCGCCUGGGAACCGUGCCAAGUUCGAAAGGCGUUCUAUCUCGUUCUUGAUACUUUUAUAAUCUCCAUGAUAAGGGUAUAUGCCUAAGCUCAGUGGUAGAGAUGGACAGCCUUUAUCCUAAUUUUUGUGAAGCACAAAAUUGUGAAGAUUCGGUUUGACAUGUUGGCAAGAGUCACUACCACCUGGUUGAAGUGUUCCAGUUGGAAAUUCUCCAAUAAUAAGAACAUAAGAUGGUUGCUCAAAUAAUCAGUACAAGGAUCCUGCAAGAACUGUUGUAUGGAUAUCAUAAUCUUCAGCCAGUAUCUUGUUCCCGGUGUUGUAUAACUGCUCGGAACUAAAUUAUUUUGUUUAGAAUGUGAUCUGUAAAAUGUAAAUUUUUCCAAGCAUUAGAUGAUUUAACUA